CUUUCUCAACCACUAGAAUAAGUGCUUCUUAAAAAUCACACCCACGUGCUGCUGUUAAAAAAUUGGAAAGGAAUCAAAUAGUGCAACGCUUUGUUUUGUUGCCCUUUGACGACUUUAAAGAUAACCUCUGUCCCAAACCCAAAUGCAUAGGAUUAUGCUUCCCUCUCAUUCUUGCUCUGUUCUUUCAGUUUCAACCUACUUGAACCAAAGCAAUUUCUCACAAAUAUUCAAAACCCCUUUCCGUGUGAUGGAUUGGAGAUGUAGCUGUGUUAUGUUAGUUGUUAUUAUGUUUCUGCCGUUCAUGGUUUCUUCGGGUUCCAUUGUCAAGAACCUGCCGGGUUUUGAUGGGGAUCUUCCAUUCAAGCUUGAAACUGGAUACAUAGGAGUGGGAGAAGGAGCAAAGGUGCAAAUAUUUUACUAUUUUGUGGAGUCUCAAAGAAAUCCCUUCAUUGAUCCAAUUUUACUUUGGUUCGUUGGAGGUCCAGGAUGCUCUGGCCUUUCAGCAUUCUUUUUUGAAAACGGGCCUUUAAAAAUGGAUCCUAAUUACAGUGAGAACCUUCCAAAGCUGAAAUUGAAUCCAUAUGCUUGGACACAUAUGUUGAAUAUGAUAUACAUAGAUAUGCCAGUAGGGACUGGGUUUUCUUACUCAGAAACACAAGAAGGUUACUAUAGCAAUGCCACACUAUGGGUGGAUCAUACAUAUUCUUUUUUACAAAAGUGGUUUAUUGAACAUUCAAAGUUUAGCUCAAAUCCAUUUUACAUUGGUGGUGGCUCAUAUUCAGGACUAACUACUGGUCCUCUUGUUCAAAAAGUAUAUGAAGGGUACAUAGCAAAACAAGUGCCACUCAUAAAGAUCAAAGGUUAUGUGAUUGCAAGUCCAGCUGUUGACAUAUAUCAGGAGAGGAACAUGAAAGUCUUAUAUGCAUAUCAUAUGACUCUUAUACCAAAAAAACUAUAUGAGUCGUUGGAAGAAAAUUGUAAGGGUAAUUAUUUAAUUAUUGAUCCAAAUAACACAAAGUGUGUCUCAGAUUAUGAAGCUUAUUCAGAGCUAAUUCGUUAUAUAAACCCACAACAAAUUUUAGAACCUUUUUGUGUCACUACACCUGCUCUGAACCAAGUAAUACAACAACCAGCUCAAGAUCAUCCAGAAUAUUGUAGAAGUUAUGAUCAUAUUCUUGUUGACAUAUGGGCAAACGAUGAAAAUGUGCGCAAGGCCCUUCAUGUAAGAGAGGGAACUAAGGAGGAGUUCUUGAGAUGCAACAAGACUUUGGCAUACAAAGAAAAUUUGUUCAAUGCAGUAGAAUAUUAUCGCAAUCUCACCAAUGCCAACAUCCAAGCUCUCGUUUACUGUUCUGAUCUUGACAUGGCUAUACCACACCUUGGUACAGAAUAUUGGAUCAGGUCAUUCAACAUGAACACACAUGACAAAUGGCGUCCAUGGUUUGUUGAGGGUCAAGUGGCUGGGUUCACAGAAAUCUACAAAAUGAAAGAAGACCAUUACUUAACUUAUGUGACCGUGAAGGGUGCUGGACAUGUGGCACAGACAUUUAAGCCCAAGGAAGUUUAUAAUAUGAUCCAGAGGUGGUUUUCAUUUUCUCUUAUCUAAGAUUACAUCAAUAUUUAAAAAUAAAAUAAAAUAAGAGCAAUAUACCUCGUACUCCAUAUUUAUAUACAUACCACAACAUUUUAUCCAAAAAUUACUUAUUUUUCUCUUUUCUGAUUUCUUUUAAAUCAAAAUAAUUUUCAAACUGGAAAAGUUAGAAGAUGAGUUACGAAAGAAUUAUGAAAAAGAUGAGUUAUGAAACAGUUGAAAUUUUUAGAAAAUUUUAUAGUAUAAAUUUUAAAUUUAAGUUUUUCGAAAUACAGACGUAUUUUAGAAAAGUUAAAUUUUAAAUUUUUUGUUUUAGCUUUUUAUAAUAUAUUUAGAAUUUUGUAAGUAUGAAAGUUUUUUUAAAUUUUUCUAAAAAAUAUAAGGAGUAAAUUUAGAUUUUUGGAUAAUUUGUGAGGAUAGGAGUAUAAUUAUGGGGUAUGGGAUAGUGUGCUAGUGUGUAAUUUGGGUUUCUUUGCUUGAACGUUGGACUCCCUCAUGUAUGAUUUUCCUUGGGCAUGUGGUGUUUCCACCAUGAUGUUUUUAUUUUUUAAUGGAAUUUCUUCGACUAAAAAAAAACAUUAUGCUUC